GGGAUCAGUGGCUGACAGCGGGAAGGUGGGAGGAUGGAGAGAGGAGCAGAGGGCGCCAAGUUCAAGAAAGAGUUGGUCAGUAAACUACUAUACUUCUAUUUUAAGGAUCAGAAAACCAAAGUUAACAGUGACGCUGUCAUCAUUAUGUCUGAAAUGCUGAAAAUAUUUGUUGUAGAGGCAGCAGCACGAACUGCCAGACAGGCAUCUAAUGAAGAUUCUAGGACAGCAGACCUUGACCAUUUUGAGAAGAUUUUGCCCCAGCUGCUUUUGGAUUUCUAGAAAUUGGACUUUUCCCAUGAGGUACUGCUGAUCUAUAAUAUUACACCAACAUUCGAUCGCCACAUCGAUAACAUCGUUUUUUGAAAUCAGUCCCCUGUAAUAGAAGUUAUGGGUCUUUGUUCACAGUUGUUUAUAAUUUAAAUUAUAUAUUGUACUGUUAUUUUAUAUAAGUAAUUGUUCCUAUUUUCCUGAUCAUUCAUAAAUUGUCAAAUCUAAAAUUUAAUUUAUGUACAGUCAAAACAAGACCUGCAAAAAUAUGCUUUGUAGCAUUUGAGCUUUUAAACUUUGAUUUCCAAGUGGACCUAAUGGUGUAAUUUUCCACUGAUGGAUUUCUGAAAGUUUUGAAAUUACAAUUCAAUAGAAAUCAAUUCAUAAAUGCAUGUUAAAAAAAUCAAUAGCAUGGUUACUUGGAAACGAAGGGUUAAGGCUCAAAGUUUACAGUCGAGAGGUAUUAAUAUCAAAGACAAAAUGAUUCUAAUGUUAGUAUUUCUGGUGUAUGCCAUUUGUAACAGUUUUCUCGUACAAAUAAAUUAAAAAUAGAAGUUUAGAAAAAUAAUUUUUGGCUGUUGUACUUAUCUGUUUUUAUAUUUGCAUUGCCACUCUGAGUGAAAUAUAAAUAUUGAGUAACUGUCAGAAGAUAAACUCCUGGAUAAAACCUAUUUCAAUUAAUCCACUUGGACUGAUUGUGCUGAAACUAUAUUUCCCAACAAAAUGGUAAGGAGAAAUUAACAGUGAAGUCAAUAUGAACUGAUCUACAAAAUAAUCUUUACAUUGAUGCGUAUCU